AUGAAAUAUAUGAAAUUAUUAGCCACAAAUGAUUUUGGUGGUUCAAAUUAAAAAUCUUAAGUUGAAAAUCCUUUAGAGAAAAAAGUUAAUUACUAAAAUAUUUAAGUAGUACAAGUAAAUACAUAUGCAAGUCGAUUCGAAUUAGAAUAUAAAUCAAAAAAACCUGAAGUUAAUAAAAAAUUGAUAAUUGAAAAAAAUAAGAAAAUAUAUGAAACAGAAUCCGAAAGAAAUAUUUUAAAGCGAAAAUGGACUAAAUAUAGAAACUUGUAUAAAAAAUAUAAGAAAAGUAUUGAUGAAGAAGGAAAUGUUGCUAAUUUUACUGAAAUAGAAUAAUUCUUUUUUUAUUAAAAUUAUUGUUGUUCACAUAUAUAAAUAAGAGGUACUGUUCCUACAUUUUGGGGUUAAACUGGAAUUUCCGCAAAAACAAAAAUAACACGAGGUUACGAAUAUACUAAUUCUGCUUUUUUAAAACACUUUGAUGAUUUAAGAAAUACUUAUAAAUAUGUUUUAUCUGUAAACCUAAUGAAAAAGCACAAUGAAAAUGAACAAUUAGUAACUGAAUCUUACGAAGCUCAUUUAAAGAAUAACUGUUUAGAUUUUGUUCGAUAUAGGUUUUUCGAUUUUCACACAGUUUGUAAAGAUCAAAGAUAUGAGAAGGUCAAUCCUACUAUAAAGGAGUUGCAUGAAAUGUCUGUUAAUUUCGGAUUUUUUGCUGAGGAUAUUUAAACUGGCGAAACUAUUUAGGAAUAAAAUGGAGUUGUUAGGACAAAUUGUUUAGACUGUCUUGAUAGGACAAAUGUAUUUUAGAAUAAAAUUGGGUUGGAUAUGCUAGAUGUAUAGCUUUAGUAAUUGGAUAUUAUUUUAAAAGAAGAGUUCAAUGAAGAACCAUUGGAUCAUUUAGAUAAUAAUAAUAUAAAAACUAACCAUCCUUUUAUGGUUAAAUUCAAGUGCGCAUGGGCGGAUUGCGGUGAUAAUAUUUCGAAGCAUUAUACUGGUACAGGAAGUACACAUACUGAUGUUACAAAGAAAGGAAAAAGAGAUUUUGAAGGAAUGCUAUAACAUGGAUAAAAAACAAUUUCUCGAUUUUAUUUAUAAAAUUUUGAGGAUACAAUAAAAUAAGAAACGAUAGAUAUUGUUUUAGGAUAAUAAUUAAAUAAUAUAGUAAAUGUUUUCGAAGAAGAAGACAAAGUGGGGAUAUAAUAGUAAUAGGGUUGUACAGCAAUAAAAUUUAAUUUAGAUGAUACUUCAUUAAAUUUUAUGAAUAUACAUCUAGAUUAAGGAAAUUCAAAGUAUAAAUUAUAGAAUUUAUCAAGUUUACAUUCUUCAAUUUAUAAAUAAAAUAAGUCUUAUUCAAAAUAUAAUGAUAAAUUAGAAUAUAUCGAUUAUAAUUUUCUUUUUGGAGAUACUGGAUAUUCAAAUUAAUUAAUGAAUACUUAAAUACUUUAAUGUAUUUAAAAUUAUGAAUAAAAUAAAUUAUCAAAUAAAGAAAAAGCAGAGAAAAGUUUAAAUAUAUUAUUAGAAAAUGAUGAGUUUAAUAUUAAUAAGAAAAAUUUGUAAUUAUUAGAUUAAUAUUAUGAAUAAUAAAUAAAAUUUUUACCUAAUUAUAAGUAUUUAGAUAAUUCAAAUGAUUAUGAUACUAAUUUUACACCUGCAUG